AAAAAAUUUUCUGUUAAUUUAAAAAUAAAUUUAGUGAAUGGAACUACUCCAAAUCCAUCCCCAACACCAACCAAUAAUACUAGAGGUGAUGUCAACAAUGUAGGGAUAUGCUUAUUGUCAGAAGAAGUGAUGCAAAUUCCAUAAAUGUUGGGCAGUCUUUGGAAAGGGAAAAUACUUUAGAUGGAUGUGAAGCAUUAACAAUAAGUUGUUUUGGCAAUCCAGGCAGCACAGCUUUAAUUGUGUCUGUAAGAGAUAUUUGA